ACUUGAGCAAGAGGGCAGCUCAGUGCGCUGCGGCAAAGUGCCAGGGCCUCUAGACAGCAUUGACUGUGUGUGCGGUGCAACCAUGCAUGCGAGACAGCUUUGACUGGUUGUUCUCCCCUUAAGGAAACAGGCUCAGCGAGGACACUGCAUGGUCCCACCUCAUGACAGACGGUGGAGGACUUGAUACAGUGAUGCCAGUGCCCAACUCAUUGUCAUACUCACUACCAAGCUCCUGGUCUUUCACCUCCUGGAAAAACGACAGAAUAUGCCUUUGAGAUGGCUGUUUCAAAUAUUAGAUAUGGAGCAGGAGUUACAAAGGAAGUGGGCAUGGACCUACAGAACAUGGGUGCUAAAAAUGUUUGUUUGAUGACAGACAAAAACCUCUCCAAGCUCCCUCCUGUACAAACAGUUAUGGAUUCUCUAACGAAGAACAGCAUAAACUUUAAGGUUUAUGAUAAUGUGAGGGUAGAACCGACUGAUGGAAGCUUCAUGGAAGCUAUUGAGUUUGCCAAGAAGGGUGCUUUUGAUGCCUAUGUUGCUGUGGGUGGGGGCUCCACCAUGGACACCUGUAAAGCUGCUAAUCUUUAUGCAUCCAGCCCUCACUCUGACUUCCUAGACUAUGUUAAUGCCCCUAUCGGGAAGGGAAAGCCUGUGUCUGUGCCUCUUAAGCCCCUAAUUGCAGUCCCAACUACCUCAGGAACUGGAAGUGAAACUACGGGAGUUGCCAUUUUUGACUAUGAAGACUUGAAAGUAAAAACUGGUAUUGCUUCCCGAGCUAUCAAGCCCACACUGGGCCUGAUUGACCCUCUGCACACCCUGCACAUGCCUAACCGGGUGGUAGCCAACAGUGGCUUCGAUGUGCUUUGCCAUGCCCUGGAGUCAUAUACUGCCCUGCCUUACCACAUGCGGACCCCUUGUCCUUCAAAUCCCAUGAUACGGCCAGCCUACCAGGGCAGCAACCCAAUCAGUGACAUUUGGGCAGUCCAUGCCCUGAGGAUUGUUGCCAAGUAUCUAAAAAGAGCUGUCAGAAAUGCCGAUGAUCUUGAAGCAAGGUCUAAUAUGCACUUGGCAAGUGCUUUUGCUGGCAUUGGCUUUGGAAAUGCUGGUGUUCAUCUGUGCCAUGGCAUGUCUUACCCGAUUUCAGGCUUAGUGAAGACAUAUAAAGCAAAGGAGUAUGAUGUGGAUCACCCACUGGUGCCUCACGGCCUUUCUGUGGUGCUCACCUCCCCUGCAGUUUUCACUUUCACGGCACAGAUGUCUCCUGAGCGGCACCUGCGAAGUGCAGAAAUACUAGGAGCUGACACCCACACUGCCAGAAUCUCAGAUGCUGGGCCUAUUUUGGCAGACACACUCCGGAAAUUCCUCUUUGGUCUGGAUGUUGAUGAUGGCCUAGCUGCCAUUGGUUACUCCAAGACUGACAUCCCUGCAUUAGUGAAGGGAACACUGCCCCAGGAAAGAGUCACCAAGCUUGCACCCCGCCCUCAGUCAGAAGAGGAUCUGUCUGCUCUGUUUGAAGCAUCAAUGAAAUUGUACUAAUUUUUAUUUUCAUUGAAAGAAUUACUAUUAACCUUUAUAGUUUUAAGCAAAAGUGAUUUUAGCCAAAGCUUUCUUUACAUCACCACACAUAAUGUACCUGCUACCACUUUUAAUGUGAUUUAUCCAGGAGAAAAUUCCCUGAGGUUCAAAAUCAAGCUUCUUCCACAUAAAACAGGAUGGACAAAUAAAUGGCCAUGUGUCCUAGGCCAGAUGUCAAGGACUUAUGUUUCUGCUCCAAACUCUGAACACUGUUCCUGCUCUGUCUAUCAAAUGGCAGAAAUUCAGCAUCUAUAAGAAGUCGUAAUGUGCAAUUCUGUACCUAAAAAGUACAGAAUGUGUGUACGUCUGUAAGUAAAGAAAUAUGAGAAGGUUGCUUUUAAUAGCACAGUGUCCAAACAAAAAAAUCUGAAAUAUUCACUACUAGCAUAGAAAUAAAUCGUAAAACACUAAGAGAUGGACUUCUGUAAUGCUACUAAUAUGAAUGAGGGAAAUCUAUUGAAAAUGUGUCCAUGAUAUUCCUGGAAAAAAGUAAGCUGCAGAACAGUAAUAUACUAGUGUGGUCAGUCUGAUUUUCACUGUUUAAAUUACAUGUAUGUGUAUAUUUAUAUAGAUAUAUGUGUAUAUUUACAUAGGAAGGGAAAUGUCAUUAAAUCAUAUUUUCCUAUAAUUAUAAAUUUAUGUAAUUAAAACAUUACUGGAGAAAUGGAAUUAAUGAUAUAGGAAAUUAAGAUAAAAUGUUCAACUUAUACUUUAUAAUUUUUCAUUUAAAAACGUGUAUUUCUUGAAUCUGUUACAAUAGACAUACGUUUUUUAAUUUUUAAAGGAGUUGAUAAAAAAAUAUCAAUUUAGGUCUGAGUCCUUUUAUUUUGUAAAAAUACUAUGGAAAAGCAACUAGCACAAUGUAAUUGUAACAAAGGUUACCACAAUGAAAUUUGCAUGCUCAAGGUUUGUCUCCAUAGAUCUCAGUGUACUUUUGGAUUUAAGUUUUAAAUUGAAUCAAAGUGUUAAUUUGAUGAGUAGUGCAUAUAUAAUCACAUCACAAUAUUAAUAAAUGUUAAUAUGUUAACAAUGUUAAUAAAUGGAUGGAAAAGGA